AAAAUUCAGAGGUUCACCACAGAUUUCAUUCUGACAGUCAGGUCAGGUCACGACGAGUAAGAUGACAACAUACACGGAUAAAGGCGAAAAGCACGAGCAGGGCAGGUUCCUCUGCUUUGAUCACCUCACAUUCUGGGUUGGAAAUGCAAAGCAAGCUGCAUCAUAUUACUGUAACAAGCUGGGAUUUGAGCCUUUGGCUUACCAGGGUUUGGAGACAGGCAGUCGUGAAGUGGUGUCCCAUGCAGUCAAACAAGGCAAGAUCGUUUAUGUGUUCCAAUCUGCCCUCAAUCCUGGGAACAAAGAGAUGGGAGAUCAUUUAGUCAAACAUGGGGAUGGAGUGAAGGAUAUUGCAUUUACAGUGCAGGACUGUGACUUCCUUGUGCAGAAAGCCAGACAGAGAGGUGCAGUUAUUGUUAAAGAGCCCUUCACCCUGGAGGACAAGUAUGGUAAAGUCAGACUGUGCGUGCUUCAAACGUACGGUGACACCACACACACGUUUGUGGAGAGGAGCGGAUACAGUGGGUUGUUUCUGCCAGGAUUUCAGCCCCCUCUGUUCAAGGACCCUUUAUUAGCCAAAUUACCGAGUGGAAACCUGAACUUCAUUGAUCACGUUGUGGGAAACCAACCUGACAAUGAGAUGGUCCCAGUGGUGGAGUGGUAUCAAAGAAACCUUCUCUUUCACCGCUUCUGGUCCGUGGAUGACAAGCAGCUUCAGACAGAGUUUAGUGCGCUUCGCUCCAUUGUUGUGGCAAACUAUGAGGAGACAGUGAAGAUGCCCAUCAACGAGCCUGCCAUGGGGAAGAGAAAGUCUCAAAUUCAGGAGUAUGUGGAGUACUAUGGAGGUCCAGGUGUACAGCAUAUAGCCAUGAACACAUCAGACAUCAUCACAGCAAUACGCAACCUGAAGGAGCGUGGAAUGGAGUUCAUGUCUGUGCCGGACACCUACUAUGACCAGCUGAGGGAGAACUUGAAAAACUCAAAGGUCAAAAUCUCAGAGGACCUGGAUGUUCUACAGGAGCUGAAGAUCUUGGUGGACUACGACGACAAUGGCUAUUUACUUCAGAUCUUCACCAAGCCAGUUCAGGAUCGCCCCACCGUGUUCUUGGAAGUCAUUCAGAGGCACAACCACCAGGGCUUUGGUGCAGGAAACUUCAAGUCUCUUUUUGAAGCCAUAGAAGCGGACCAGCAUGCACGAGGAAAUCUAACAGUCCUGACCCCAAAUGGAGUUUCAAAGAACAUGUGACCCCAGUGAUAAAUCUCAAUAACUGUCAGUUUACUAUGAAAACACACUGUCUGCUGAGGGUCCUGUUUAUGUUACAAGAAUAUUAUACUAAUAAUGUGCUACAUGGAUGCUCUAAAACAGUAAGAAUGCACAGAGCAUGUUUAUCAAAGUUAUUCUUUAAUUUGUUGCAACUUGCAUGUUUUAUUCCAGUAACAUUUAGUUUCAAAAAGUACCUCAUUAUAGCCUUUCCUGAAGUUCAUGAAAGGAAGAAUUUGUAUCAGUUAACAGGGAGUCAAUCAGACUAACCAAUCACCUUCAUCUUAAUGCAACGCUUUCUUUUUUAAUAGAAUGUUAAGAAAACGAGCAUCAUUGAUACAAGCUUGACUCAAGCAAAACACCAUUUAAGCUCUCAUAAAUGAAAACAUUUAACUUUACACUUCUGUCAUCAUUUGGAUAAUAUAAGGUCAACAUACAUUCAUUGUAACAGAGGCCCUUUGUAUGAUGCUUUGAGUGCCUGUUUUUCCCUCCGUGUGGGAAGAGACAGCAAUUGCAAUAUGUGAAACAAUGGUUGCCAUGUGUUCAUAAACUAUACUGUUAACCCAAAUGUCAUGUCUUGUAAUGUUUUUUGUAAUGUUGUUAUUUUUACCAAAAAAAUUGCAUUUUCUUUUAACAGUGGUUACAUAAUUAUUCCAUACCAGACAUCCAUUGAUAAAUUGAAGUUC